AAUGCGGUUAGUGCUUUCCACAACGUCGAACUUCGAGCAUCUCGCGGUGGCGAUAGAUUUUUCCAGGUUUUCAUGAGUGCUUUCGUUCCGAAUGUGCGGUGCUGGUUGUGCAGUACGAGUAAGUAAGUAAUGUGGCUUAGAAGCGUGCGGAUCUGAUCAGCAGCCUAAGUGUGAGUUCAUACACUGGACGAGCGCUGGACCGAGUGGGCAUGUGAUUGAAGAGGUGUUAUUUGUUUGUAAACUAAAACCGACCGAGACUGUGAAGUGAAAAAGUGGUUCGUUUGGAGUUUGCGAUUGUUGUUUUGUUUUUAUUUUACGUUUUUUUCGGGACAUUCUGGACAGACGCUAGGGGCAUUUUGAACUGGUGCUUGUGAGUUCGUCGGUUUUCGCUGUGUUGACAUAAGUUUACGGUGAAUUUUGCACGGGAGUUUAUUGUGCGGAACUAAGAUUGCGUGCAUGCUUGCAGUUUGCCUGGCAAGGAUUUGUGGCGAAGGUGCUGUAAACAGAAAGUGAUUAAUUGGAAAGAACCCCUGUCGAGCUGUCGGUUUCCACUGCGUCUUUAUUGCUGCCGGUGCAGUUAAGCGGCGCGGUCUGACGAGUUCUGCUCUGUCAGCACAAUUUGCGGUUUCCCGCCACGAACACGAUACGAACCGACGACAACCGCGUACUCAAGUGGGGCCCACUCGUGUUUUCGGACCUCCUCUCGUUCGCCGUUGCAGACCGUGUGGAGAAAAAAAAGGUUGGCGUAAUCUCCGUCAGCGUUGCGGUUUAGUGUGAUCGAUACGCAAACACGAAACACAAAAACAAAGAUGUUCAAACUAGCUGUCCUUCUGGUGGUGUUCAGCCUGGCGAAAGCCAGCCGCUUCCGUGACGAGUAUCCGGGUCCAUUCUGUGCCGCCCGGCGGUACGAUCAGUGCUGCCACAACCGCCAGGAUGGCUGCUCGCAGCCGAUAUCCACCACACUCUGCUAUUGUGACGAGUUUUGUGAGCGAGGCGAACAUGGCGAUUGCUGUCCCGAUUAUGAAGAAGUGUGUCUAGGGUUGCCUCCUCCGGAACCGACCAUUGAAGCUUGUCAACACAAAGGACAAAAAUUCACCCCAUUCGAUCCACCUCUUGUGGAUAACUGUAAUCUUUGCACGUGUGAAAAUGACGGCACAAUAAAGUGCACCGAAGACGAAUGCCUGGUGGAUGAGGAACUGCUCAGACAGCUUGACCAUUUGCAGCGAUCGAUCGGCUGGCAGGCUAGAAACUACAGCGAAUGGUGGGGACACAAGUACGACGAGGGUAAAACCUUCCGGUUGGGCACAUUCUACCCGAAGUUCAAGGUGAAGUCGAUGAGCCGACUAUCCAACGGCCAACAUCAACUGCCGACCCACUUCGAUGCCGCUACCUAUUGGCCCGGUUUUAUUGGGGAAGUGCGGGAUCAGGGUUGGUGCGGAUCAUCGUGGGCGAUGUCGACGGCGGCAGUAGCCUCGGAUCGAUUUGCCAUUCUAUCGAAGGGCCGAGAAAUGGUGCAGCUCGCCCCGCAGCAGAUCAUCUCCUGUGUGAGGCGUACGCAGGGUUGCAGCGGAGGACAUCUGGACACCGCUUGGAACUAUGUGCGGCGUGUUGGAACCGUAAACGAGGAAUGCUAUCCGUACAUCUCGGCUCAGAAUGCCUGCAAAGUCCGCCCCUCGGAUACGCUGGUCACGGCCAACUGUGAGCUGCCGCUGAAGGUGGACCGAACCAACAUGUACAAGAUGGGACCCGCGUUCAGUCUGAACAACGAAACCGACAUCAUGAUCGAGAUCAAAAUGCACGGCCCGGUGCAAGCUAUCAUGCGCGUCCAUCGGGACUUUUUCUCGUACAAGAGCGGAAUCUACCGUCACUCAGCGGCUACGACUGCGGCCGAUCAGCGCUCCGGUUACCACUCAGUUCGGCUGAUCGGUUGGGGAGAGGAACGCGUUGGCUACGAAACCGUCAAGUAUUGGAUUGCCGCCAACUCGUGGGGCAGAUGGUGGGGUGAAAAUGGUCGCUUCCGUAUCCUACGUGGUACUAACGAGUGCGAGAUCGAAAGCUACGUCCUCGCUUCGCUGCCGUACGUGCACCAACAGGUGAAGCCGAUGCGAAAAGUUGGUGAGCUGCAGGAGAUGAUAGUCGGAACCGGUUACGUUCCGCAUCCGAGCAGGCGAUAUCCGCCGUACGGACGCCGAUUUGGCUGAGAGUUUGGUGGGAGAGAUCCACUAAAGAAUUAGGGUUGCGAACUGUACAGUAUUAUAUUUAGGAGAAAAGCAAGCUCGGAUCGACGGAUCUGUGGAUAUGUGUUUACUCAGUCGGUCAAAACGGCGUGGGAACGACGUUAAACCGACAACGUCAAUAAGAAUUUUUGUUUCGAUAGUCUACUGCCCAGAUCGGUUAGAUAUGUAUGUAUUGUUUUAUUAUCAGUUUAAAAAAAAACUGUGUCUUCAUGAGCACUAGUCGACAACUCGAGCAAGUAAGUGUAUUCAGUUCAACGUGUUCAUCUUCUCAAAAUUGUUUCUACGUCUUCCCUUUCGACGAGUAGUUGAGUAACGCAGCUUAUAUACGACUAUGUUAAGCAAUUAUUAUACCUACAAGAGAAAUGAAUGUAACCUGUAAAAAUUCUAUGGUGCCAAAUUUAUAUGCAAGCAAACGCGCCCACACACGCAACUGGGAUAGAAUGAAACGAAAUUCCACAGUACGAGAGCAAACCAGCUUCUUGGUUUGCAUUAUUUUUACUUUGUUUCACUGAUAAUGAUAUUAAAAUUAUCGAAUUAAGAUAAUUAUUGUUCGCAUGUAAAUCUUGAAGGUUAUACAGUAAUUUCAAUUGUUUAAAUAUAUGUGUUCAGCGUUAAGCUAAUUGCCAA